AUGGCGCUCCGCUCUAUCGCGGCCGUUGCCCUCCUGGCCCAGGGAUCUGCGGCUCAGGUUCUCGGGCUCCCGCUCCCCACUCUUCCCAUUAACGUCGGCCUUACCACAACGAUUGCAGGCGUGGGCGUCGGUGCCAAUGUCGGCAACACUGUCAGUGUCAGCAUCGGUCUCGGCGGUGUUGCCACCGUUGUUGCUGGCGUGGGAUCCACAAUUGCCGCCUCUGUUGGUGCUGCCGGAGCCACCGUCACUGCUGGUGUCAACUCAGGAGGUGUCGCAGCCUCAGUCGGUGCUGGCGGCCUCCCGGUCACCGUCGGAGCGGGAACUAACGGAGUCGGUGUCGGUAUUGGCGGUGUUGCCACCGUCGGCAUCGGUGGUGGUGGUGUCAGCGUUGCUCUCCCCAUCGCAACCCUCGUUCUCAACCCCGUGGGCGUUGUCUCAACCCUUCCCGGAGGAGGUGUCACGACUGUUUUCCCGUCUACAACAGUCAGCUCUGUUGCCUCAAGUGUCACCUCAACUCUGGCCGUAGCCACCUCGUCCUCAACGGCCGCAGGCAGCACAGGUGCUUCCACUGUCUCCUCCGCCACUACUGGAAUCACCAGCGUGCCCUCCGUCUCCACCAGCGUUGGAUCUGCUACGACCUCUGUUGGCACCACCAGCAUCGCCUCAUCCUUCACCUCGACUGUCGUAUCUACCUCCAGCUUCGUCAGUGGUAGCAGCACCAUCGUGACUACCCUCUCAAGCGUCACCUCGGGCGUUACCAGUGUCCCUUCGGUCACCACGAGCAUCGGAUCAGGCACCUCUUCGGUCAUCACCACUAGCGUUGCUUCUUCCUUCACAUCCACGCUCGUUUCCACCUCGAGCUUCACCAGCGAUGGCAGCACCUUUGUCACAACCAUCAGCUCUACGUCCGAGGGCGUCACCAGCGUUCCCACCACGUCCACCAUUGACACGCAGAUUUCUUCCUCCAGCUCUACCUCCACCUCCACCUCCAGUGCUGCUGCGUCCUCCAGCGCGUCUGUCAACCCUCUGACUGUCGGUGAUGCGAGCUACUUGGGCUGCUUCCGCUCUCCCACAAGCUUCCCGACCUUUGUUCUCACUCAGUCUGCUGCGUCCAUGACAAUCGAGCGUUGCAUUGCUGCUUGCCCAUCCAGCAAGUACGUCGGUCUCUUCGCCAAUGAUUGCUUCUGUGGCUCAACUGUGGACUCUGUCAACGAGAUCUCCGUUCCUGAUGACCAGUGCAACAUUCCCUGCGGUGGCAACAGCGCUGAGCGUUGCGGUGGCCAGGUCGGACUGACCAGACGUCAACUCAUUGGCCUCAACGUCCGCUUCACCAUCUACAUCCGCCUCGGACUGGCUGGUGGAACCACCGCGUCUGCGACUGUUACUACUUCUUUCACAACCACAACUACUGGAACCGUCACUUCUUGCCCUCCUGGAGUCUCGACCUGCGCCAUCGGAUCUCUCACCACCGGCGUUACCACUGUCACAACCACCUACUGCCCUACUGAGACUCCCGCGCCCAACCCCUGCAGCAACGGACAGUGCUACGGCCAGCCGUGCUACGGCGAUGACUGCUACAAGAAGCUUGUUUGCUACGGUGACUAUGUCAGCUUCGACUACCCCUGCUACGGUGAUGAGUGCCGCCGUCGCCUCGUGUGCGUGGACGGACUCUGCCACCCAGAGACUUGCAGCGGAUACGACUGCGGCCGCAAGAUCAUCUGCAAGAGUGGACUCUGCGGAUACUCUCAGUGCCAGGGAGACGAGUGCAUCAAGGAGAAGGUCACCUGCUACGGCAACGCCUGCAAGAUCGAGACCUGCUCAGGAGACGAGUGCUACAAGAAGUACGUCUGCACUGGCGACAUGUGUGAGCACGAGACCUGCCCGUACACCGACGUCAACAAGAAGUACGAGUGCACCGACGACAAGUGCAAGGUCGUCACGCCUUGCAACGGUGACUGCCCCAAGCCCCAGCCGCCGAGCACCCUUCCGUACCCCACCGGCACCGCCCCGGCCAUUCCUCCCGCCAGCCCUCCAGCGAACCCCCCGGCUGUGCCUACGGUUACUCCCCCUGUCGGACAGCCUCCUUUGAACCCUUCCGUGUCGGUCUCGCCUCCCGUCAACUCUGCUCAGCCCCCUGUUGGUGCACCUCCUUCAGGAGCGCCUCCUUCCGGCCCUGCAGUUACGCCCCCGGCCGGCCAGCCUCCUUUGAACCCUUCUGUGUCGGUCUCGCCUCCCGUCAACUCUGCUCAGCCCCCUGCUGGUCAGCCCCCUGCCAACCCUCCCGCAGGUCAGCCCUCCGUCAACCCCACGGCACCCGGCGGUGGUGUUCCCACAGGAGGCGCCAAGCCCCCUGUUGUUACCGUUGCCGGUUCCAGCAGAUCAUCUGUUCCGUUCAGCUUCAUCGGCAUGGCUCUGGGCGCGGUUGCUGGAGUCGUCUUCCUGUUGUAA